UGGCCGCAUAUGCUCCCGGAAGCAUCGGGUCCGCACUUUAUUCCUUUCCGCUUCCAGGUCUAUUUGGUUCCACAUGGUGUGGGUGGCCCUGCAGUCCCGGAGCGUCCGUCUGCUGUGCCGCAUCCGCUUCUCCAUCACCGCCGGCGGUUUCCCUCCACUCUUGAUGCCUGAAGACCCAAAGCGGCCCCGGCGGGAGGAACGACUAAUGGCGCCGAAAAUCGGCACCCACAACGGGACAUUCCACUGUGACGAGGCGCUGGCGUGUUACCUGCUGCGGACGCUGGAGCCCUAUAGAGAUGCAGAGAUUGUUAGAACCCGGGACCCGCAGCUUUUAUCCCAGUGCGAUGUUGUUGUCGAUGUAGGCGGAGAGUAUGAUCCUUCUCGGAACCGUUACGACCACCAUCAGAGAUCCUUCUGUGAAACCAUGAACAGCUUAUAUCCUGACAAGCCAUGGGUAACCAAGCUGAGCAGUGCCGGACUGGUAUAUGCUCACUUUGGUGCACAGAUACUGGCCGCACUUCUGGGAACAGAUGAGGAGGACCCCAUGAUACCGGUUCUGUAUGAUAAGAUGUAUGAGAACUUUGUUGAAGAAAUUGACGCUGUAGACAACGGAAUAUCGCAGUUUGACGGGGAGCAGAGAUACAACAUAACCUCCACCCUGAGCUCCAGAGUUGGGCAUCUCAACCCCCGCUGGAAUGAACCUGAUCAGGACACAGAAACUGGAUUUAAGAAGGCGAUGGAACUGGCAGGGACAGAGUUUGUGUCCCGCUUGGACUUUUAUCAUCGAUCUUGGCUGCCGGCUCGCUCUUUAGUGGAGGAAGCCAUCAGGCAGAGAUUCCAGGUGGAUGUCAGUGGAGAAGUGGUGGUCUUGGCCCAAGGUGGAUGCCCUUGGAAGGAGCACUUAUUCCAGGUGGAAAAGGAAAUGGGGCUAGAAAAACAAAUUAAAUAUGUCCUCUAUCCAGAUCAAAGCGCAAAGUGGAGGGUACAGUGUGUCCCCACAGGCCCCAACACUUUUCAGAACCGGCUUUCUCUACCAGAGGAUUGGCGCGGGCUUCGAGCAGAUGACCUCUCUUCUGUUAGUGGCAUUCCUGGUUGUAUCUUUGUUCAUGCCAGUGGCUUCAUAGGUGGAAAUGAGACCCAGGGAGGAGCUCUGGAAAUGGCGCGGAAAGCACUGACGUCCUAGAGGAGUUGUUUUGUAUUUAAGGCUAUAACAUCAUGAAAUGUGGAGAAUCUGACAACUUGUAUUUAUACCAUGUGACAUCAGUAAAUAUUUUUGUAUUCAACACUCUAUUAUUCUCAAUCUGCCUAUCUGUCCGCGUGUCUUGACAGUUUAUGGACUUGGUCACUGGCUUCCCUUAAGAGUGGUUAUUCAUGUGUGUUAUAAUGCUCAGUGCAUCUGCCUCAUGUUGUCUCUUAAAGGGGAACUCUGGAAACAAGUAGAAAACAAAUGUUUUCAAAUCAACUGGUGCCUGAAAGUUAAACAGACUUGUAAAUUACUUCUUUUAAAAAAUCUUAAUCUUUCCAGUACUUAUUAGCUGCUGAAUAAAACAGAGAAAUUUGUGUAGUUCUAUCCAGUCUGACCACAGUGCUCUCUGCUGACACUUCUGUCCGUGUCAUGAACUGUCCAGAGUAGAAGCAAAUCCCCAUAGAAAAUCUCUCCUGCUCUGGACACUUCCUGACACAGACAGAGGUGUCAGCAGAGAGCAGUGUGUUCAGACUGUGGCAAUGAAUCUGUAAUAAUAAUAAUGGGACAGCCUUCUUCACCUACUACUGACACUAUUCUUUAUCCCACCUAUCAUACCACUGAAUUUUGUCCUGUUCUACUGCGACCACAUGAGUUGUCAAUUUUUUUGCAGGGAUGUCAAAAUUCUGUAUUUACUGUUUUGCUCCAGAGGAGUAAAGAAGAUUGUAAAGUUUUAUACAAAGAAGUAUUAUUUUGUUGAGUGAUCUAAGGCUCAAAGUGUGUAUAAUAUGUUACCUCAUUAACCUGUUAAGGACCAAGGGCGU